AUGGCGCGGAGACUUCAAACCGUCAACUACUUUAAAUAUCUACCAAUCGUUCUACUUGCGCCAGUCGUGCAUAUCAGCCUCAAAUCCAUGAUGCCCGCACUAGAGAACCGCGCCACGCCAACUCUAGCCGACAACACUAAGUCAUUUAACAUUCUACUCGCCAAAGACAACACUAUGAACCAAAAAUUAGCUGUCAAGAUCUUGGAGAAGUACUACCGCGUUAUGACGUAG